CAAUCAAUGAAUCUCUGUUUUUUUUUUCAGUCCAAAUCUGUGAUCAUGACAACAAACAUACCAGUGCAAGGUUCUACAGCUCCAGUAGUUCUGUACCAACCAUGUGCAGAAUACCGUUCGUCAACCUUUAACUCCAAGGCAGCGCUAAUAACCGGCUAUAUGCAGAUUGGCCUAGCAGUGGUAUCCCUUGCAUUUGGUGUGGCUUGUAUAUUUUCUGACACUUUUGCUGGUUAUGUUGCUGUUCCAAUCUGGGGUGCACUUGGGUUCUACCUUGUGGCUGGAAUUCUGGGAGUGGUUGCAGGAAAUGCAAAUGGAAGAAAUGCGUGUGUUAUUGUGGGUUGUUUAGUGAUGUCAAUAAUUGCAGCUGCAACUGCCUUUGUGCAUAUUAUUAUUGGUAGUAUUUCGACAGCUUAUGAUCAUUAUUGGAUUGGUGGAGGAUGGUAUGCUAUCAACAUUCUGUGUGUACUUGUUGGAGUGGUUCAGUUUGUGACAGCCAUUGUUUCAUCAGUGUUCAUGUGUUGUGGGGCAAAUUGUUGCUGUGGAGAACAAACAUCAAAUGCUCUGGGCUAUCCUCAGUAUGCAUCAUAUGUUGUUCAACCUGGUCAGGUCAUUCCCCAAGGUCAGGUUGCCAUCCAAGGAUAUCCCAUGAUGCAGCAGCAAUUUGUUGGUCAGCCAGUUGCCAUGGGGCAACCACAGGUCAUGGGUCAGCCACAGGUAGUAGGUCAACCACAGCAAAAUGUCCAGUACAUGGGCCAAGCCCAAGGACAGCUGCCUGCCUACACAGAACAUGAGACAAAAUAAGUUCCUCAAAU